CACUGAAGACUUUUAGACAAGAUCCUGAACAAGCCCUCCUAAACACCAGCAGAAUGGCAGAUGAGAGCUUUAUGCAGGAGUUCCUGGAAACGCACAACACCUACAGAAAGAAGCACAAUGCACCGGCGAUGACAUACAACAGCGAAAUGAACGCCACUGCACAGAAAUGGGCCGACAGCCUGCUGGCGAGAGGCAUCUUAGAGCACAGCCAGACCAACGAUGGAGAGAAUAUCUACAACAUGUUCAGCUCUGCAACCAUCAAACUCACAGGCAAAGAAGCUGUGGAUUCAUGGUACAGUGAGAUUAAGGAUUAUAACUGGAACAGCCCUGGAUUUAGUGGAAACACUGGUCACUUCACUCAGGUGGUGUGGAAGGCGAGCACUGAGCUGGGAGUGGGCGUGGCCACUGAUGGCAACAAGGUGUUUGUGGUCGGCCAGUACAGACCAGCUGGAAACAUGAACAUGGCUGGAUAUUUUGAGGAAAAUGUCCUGAAAGGAGAAUAAAGGCUGUGCAUUUUACAGCUGGCAGAGAGCCGGGGGCAGACGACAAAACCAACAGUGAAGGAGGAGUGAGCCCCAAGAAAAGCUGCACACUGCUGUAGAAGACCUGGCUGAGACCGCCCCUGGAAACCUACGACUGCUAUGAAAAAGUCUGAAUGAAUGCAAUA